AUGCAAAUUAAGGAUGUUUAUGACUACCUACGAGCAUUACUUAGGAAAGAUGAAAGAUCCGAGCGGGCUCUGGAAAUAACUGAAGAUGCCAUAGAUUUAAAUCCUGCAAACUAUACAGUGUGGCAUUAUAGACGACAAAUACUAAAGGAACUAAAGAUGGAUUUAUAUGAUGAAUUAAAAUACUGUGGUGAAAUAAUACAGGAGCAUCCAAAAAACUACCAAGUGUGGCACCACAGAAGAGUUUUGAUUGAGUGGACGCAGGAUCCUAAAGAGGAGUUGAAACUGACUGAGAAUGUGUUGAGUGUGGACGCUAAAAACUACCAUGCCUGGCAGCACAGGCAGUGGGUGGUACGGACAUUCAGCAUCUGGGAAAACGAACUCUCCUUCAUUGACCAACUUCUGCAGGAGGAUGUGCGCAAUAAUUCGGCCUGGAACCAACGAUACUUUGUUAUCUACCACACAACUGGUUUCAAUGACGCUGUCCUGGAGAAAGAAGUCAAGUAUGCACAGGACAUGAUACGGAAAGCACCGAACAAUGAAUCGUCUUGGAACUACUUGAGAGGGGCUUUGCUGGAGAAAGAUCUCAGCACGCACCCCGGCCUGAUGGAAUUCUGCGAGGAGCUGUACGGGAAGAGCGUCCGCUCGCCAUAUCUGCUUGGCUUCAUGAGAGAGAUCUACGAGGACAGGCUGGAGCAGGGCUGCGAAAACGUGGAAGACGUGCUCUACAAGUCGUUAGUGUUAGUCGAAGCCCUUGCGAUGGAGUUUGAUACCAUCAGAGUCGAGUAUUGGAACUACAUUGGAAGGCGGAUGCGAGAGAGGUAUGCGCCCAAGAAUGACGAGUCGGAAGAGGCAGGAGCAGCCUCUGCAGCCAUGGAAGUCCCAGCCAAGUGACGAAUGCGGCGAUCGUAAAUGAUCGGUCUUGUCAAGUGCUCAGCAAUCGGCUGUUAAUCGUGUCGAUGUUGGAAAUAGUGGACUGUGCUUAGCUGAAUGUGUGAACAGUCGCGAUGCAGUACAGUGAUGGCGGGCGAUGUCUAACGUCAGACUCGUCUGCUAGCAAUGAUCCCUUAUGCGGCAUAGUUCCUUUACAGGCUCAGUUGCAUUGGCUCAUAAUUGACCUAUAUGCUGGAGUGUGAUGAUCACGCCUGCAUUUGAUAUUAUUGCUAGGUCAGCCAAGUUGUACCCUUACCCAGUUUGUACAGUAACGUGCAUGUGUACACGCGAAAAUGUGGGGUCGCCACUGAGACUUGUUUUGUUGAACAUCCUGUUACAACACUGAUUGGGUAAAAUUGUCUGUCAAUCACAACAGGAAGGUAGCUCAAUUCACGCACAGGACAAGUCAAUUUUUUAUUCUUAAACCCUUUGCUGUCAUCUUGCUAGAGGUAGAGAUUGUCAUUUUUCUUGUUGAGCUAUUUAAUGGCUUUAAAUAAGUUUUAAAUGGUCAAUGGUGUGGAUAAAAUAGAAUGGUCUACAAGAUUAGUUUUUGCUCAUAUUACAUGUGCUUAGCAAAUACUGUCUGUUGUUUUUUGCACGAAAAGCCUUUAGAAUAGCAGUUUAAAUAUUUGACAUUCGCUAGUACCUGUACACAGUUCCUUGACAAUUAUAUGUGGUAGAGAUAUGAAAUGGUUCCGAUUUAUUUAACGAACAAAAUGGUACCUCCCGUCUGAGAUUUACUUGCUAUUCUUCAUGAACAGUUAUUUGGGUAGAAACGAUUUCACAGUUAUUUCCAUUAUCGCGACGCUUUCACUGAUUUAUGCACUUGCUAUCAUGAUAUGCCCUAAAAUUCUAGGGUGUAGUAUCCAUUUAAAUGAGAUAAGAAAAUCAUAAUAUGUGUCAAUAAAAUUUAGCUAAAUCAACUAAACUAA